AUGAACCAUGAGAGUUACCACCGGGGCCCCGUUCAGGCAUUAACCUUCUUUGGCGUUGCUAACCUUAUAGUUGUCUCAGCUGAUCCUUAUAUCUAUUCUUCACCACCACCACCAUAUAUGUACAAGUCUCCACCACCACCGAUGCAUUCACCACCACCAUCCUAUUUGUACAAGUCUCCACCACCACCGUCUCCACCACCACCGGUGCAUUCACCAUCACCACCAUAUCUUUACAAGUCCCCACCACCACCGGUACAUUCACCACCACCACCAUAUUUGUACAAGUCUCCACCAGCACCGGUGCAUUCACCACCAUCACCAUAUUUGUACAAGUCUCCACCUCCACCGGUGCAUUCACCACCACCACCAUAUGAAUACAAGUCUCCUCCUCCCCUAGUUAAGUCACCACCACCACCAUACUACUACAAGUCUCCACCUCCAUCGGUGCAUUCACCACCACUAACAUAUUUGUACAAUUCUCCACCAUCGCCAGUUAAAUCACCACCACCACCAUACUACUACAAGUCUCCUCCUCCUCCUGUGCAUUCUCCACCACCACCUUACUACUACAAAUCCCCACCACCACCAACAAAGUCUCCCCCACACUAUUACUACAGUUCUCCACCACCACCACCAAAAUCCUACUACCCCGUACCUUACACUCAUCACAAGAAACUCAUCAUAAAGGUAGUCGGCAAAGUUUACUGCUACAGUUGCUAUGACUGGAAAUACCCAAUCUAA